CGUCAUCAUUAUUACUCAUUAGGGUCAUUGGCAAUGAUGGUUCAUCACCUCAAACGGGUAGCAAUUUUUCGAUAUCAUUCUUGAUGAUGUUUACUAUUGUUGUCAAUCUGGCCCAUAGUUGGGUACUCUGGGUACAUAUCCCCGAGAAUCACGAGCCACGGUCGAACCGCGGAGAAAUACGGCCAGUUUGGGUGUCCGUCGAUGGAUCCAUGGAAGGCCGUUCAACGCCAUUCGGUAGUAAGGCAAUAGUCUUGCGUACGCGAGUUCGAUUGCUCCGUUCACCAACCAAAUGCACGCGCGUAAAGCCUUGCCACAAUAAUAUUAUUAUAAUGCCACCGAUUUCGUCUGACCAGCGUUGGAUGACUCAGCCCCGAAUUACGCAGAGAUCCAACAGGUACGGAGUACGGAGUACCGGCGCCGAAACUAUACAUCCAUGCUCAGAUGCGGUGACAGUCAUGGCAGCAGGUUGCAGUUGGGGCCACUUGCUGCUAGACAUCAAGAAUCUAACGGGAAGGAUGUCUAUCCGCACCUUUCACGUAUCUGGUUGGCUGUGACAUACUCUUCUCCGUACGGAGUAGAGGCUGACCCAAGGUUACCUCCCUUCAUAUUAUCCACUGCAGAUAUUGAAUAUCUAGCUGCCCUAUGGAACUAGCUU